UUUUCAGUGUGUGGAAGAGCUCAGCUCAUGGGUCAGUCAAACAAACACAGCAAAGGCUAUGUGAAACCCUGCACUUAUAAAAUGACAAAUGUCGAACAGCCUCCACUUCUGCUUCACCAUGCAGGGUCUCCUCCUCUGCUGCCUUGUGGCCCUGGCCGCGUGUCAAAAUCUACGAUACGAUGACAUCCUGAAUUCAAAGAAAACCUACGAAUACAAAUAUAAAGGAGUGGCCAACUUCACCCUCGACAAGGCAAACUUCGCAGAGUCCGGUGUGAAAAUAUCAUGCAAGGCCAAGAUCACCGGCAAGUCCGAACGAAUGUUCAUGUUAGAGAUCACCGAUCUGGAUUUUGCCGAGUUUAACGGCUUCCCGGGGAAAAACGAGUACGAAGCUUCUCCGAAACUGGCAAAACGCAUCGCUGCUCAGCUCGUCAAACCUUUCAUGUUCGAGUACACCAACGGGCACGUUAGUGACAUCCUCGCCUCCGCCGAGGUCUCCACCACGGUCGUCAACAUUGUGAGGGGAAUUCUUGAGUUUUUCCAGGUCACUGUGAAAACCACCCAGAACAUCUACGACCUGGAAGAGGUUGGAAUUCAUGGCAAAUGUCAAAGCAACUACGCCAUUGAAGAGAACUCGAAAACAAACGACUGGACCAUCACUCAGGUUGUGGACGUCACAAACUGCGGGGAGAAAGCAGAAAUGUUCCGAGGAAUGGCAAACACYGUUGAAGACAAGCUAUCUGAAGAGAGAGGAAAAUCUGUCUAUUCCACAGUCAGGUGUGUUUACUCAGUCAAACCAUCGGCAGAGGGGGGUCUCAUUACUGAAGCUCACAGUCUGGAGCAACAGCACUUCAGUCCCUUCAAUGUGAAAGGUGGCACGUUCAAGAUGCAAGCCAUAAAGGAACUGACGCUUCUCCGAGUGAGCGACACAGAAUCAACAAUCACAGCUGGGCCCGUGGAAAGCAAGGGUGAUAUUGUUUACAAGUUUGUAGAUGUGGACGUAAAUAUCCCAAUUAUGAUGCAGAAUUUGGACAAUCCCUUACCAAAGGCUGUUGAACUGAUCAAGAGUCUGGCCGAGGCCAAUCUGGACAGCAUUGACAAUGCAACCACUGAUGACAUUAUAAAGGUGUACCAGCUGAUGAGAGUGAUCCCUUCUGAAGGACUGGAAAGUAUGUGGAAGCAGUUUGCAAAUGACCCUAAAUACAGGCGUUGGUUCUUGGACCUGACUGUKGAAAGUGCUGAUGCUGAAAUCCUGAAGUUCUUGGAAAAACGGUUUCAAGCACGAGAUUUGACUUCAGUUGAAGCUUGGCAAACAUUUUUGUUGGCCCUGCAGCAUCUGCAGACGACACCCGAGCUGGUUGAGAUGGCUAAAAUUUUCCUGAGGAUGCCUUACAGUAAAUCUUGUAUCUAUCUGUGGCACACUGUGGUUCUGUCCUACGGAUCUCUGGUGUAUAGGCACUGUGAGCGUUAUACACCAUGUCCAGUGACUGCUGUGCAGCCACUGCUGGACAUGGCCACAGAUGCUCUGAGGAGCAACGACAAAGACGAAAUGGUCCUCGCUCUGAAAGCUCUAGGGAACGCAGGUCACCCUGGCAGCAUUAAAACCAUCGUGCGUUUCCUCCCGGGAGUGGCUGCUACCCCUGUGGACCUGCCUCUUCAUGUCCAGAGUGCGGCCGUGCAGGCUUUGAGACUCAUCGCUGUCAGAGACCCUCACAGAGUCCAAGACGUCACCAUCAGCUUGUUCCUGCAGAAGGACCUUCCAGCUGAGAUCCGCAUGUUGGCCCUCAUGGUCCUCUUUGACACAAAGCCACCAAUGGCUGUUGUUUCAUUGGUGACGACACAUCUAAUGGAAGAGAAGGACCUUCAUGUUGCUAGCUUUGCAUUUUCUUACCUGCAAAGUUUGGCCACAUCCUGGACUCCAGACAAUCACUUCCUCUCUAUUGCCUCGAGUGUAGCUGUGAAAAUCCUCUCCCCUAAAUUUGGUCGUCUCGGCUAUUACUACAGCAAAGCAAAGCUUCUAGACUGCUUCCACGAUGAUUUCCUAACUGGCCUUUCAUCUGAGUACUUCAUGCUGAAAAGUGAACGCAAUAUAUUUCCCACUGAAAUUAAGGCAAAAGGAAAAAUUCAUAUGAUUGGUAGAAUACUCCAGCUGUUGGAGGUGGGUAUCCGUGCAGAUGGAAUUAAAGAGCUGUUUGGAACAAGCAUCCCUGGGUUUAAAGGAGAUUAUAACUUCAGUGACCUUCAAGCUGUUUUCAAUGUGCUUCGAAACUGGGAGAAACUGCAGGACGAUAAGCCGGUCCUUUCAGCGUAUUCCCGUCUGGCGGGACAGGAGUGGUUUUUCGCCGAUCUGAACAAGGAGACCAUCCGCAACCUCAUCACGGCGCUGAGCCCUUCUGCAGGGAAACCAAGUCUUCUGUUUGCUGCGAUCGAGAGUUUGCGGAAAGGAAUUUCGUGGCGCUACACCCGGCCAUUCUUGGCAUUAGAGGCUCGUUAUUUCCAAGCAACGACUCUGGGUCUUCCUGUUGAAAUUAGCAAAUAUUAUAAUGCUCUUACUGCCGUCACUGUUAAUGCUAAAGCUACCAUUAAUCCACCGGUAACUGAGAACAUUGGACAGCUCCUGAAUUCAGAGGUUUUACUGGAAACUGAUGGUUUUGCUGGAUACACCAAAGAUUUCUGGGUUUUCUACGGGAUCAACACGGAUCUGUUCCAGUGUGGCUUUGAGUCAAAGAACAAAAUGUCCACUGCUGUUCCAUGGAAGUUCUCAGCCAAGAUCAAUGUUGCAGAAAAGAAAUUUGAGCUGGAUUUCCCUCUUUCCAAAGAAGAGAUUGAACUAACUGCACUGAGAUAUGACGUGUAUGCAGUAUUCAGAAACAUCGAGGAGCCAGUUUCACCCAAAAAGUCCUCAUUAAUGCUUGCUGCUGAUGAAGUCCUGAGAGAUCCCACUGAAAUCCUGAAAACCAACCGCUGGUAUCCGUAUUACAACGUGUGUGCUGAGAGUACAGUCUACGGAGUGGGUCUCUGUGCCGAGUAUGACCUAAGGAGAGAGUACUACGAUGAGGAAUACCCCCUCUACUACUUCCUGGGAUACGCCAACAUGUCUCUCAAACUCGUUCCAGCCCAGACCGUCAAACCUGUUGACAAGAUCCACUUUGAGCUUGACGCCGGUCCCAGCAGGCAUCCAGUGAGCGCUCGCCAGCUGCUUCAGACUCUGAAGAGGCUUUCCAAGGAAGCAACAAAGAGAAUCAAGCUGUCAGAUUCAGCCUCAAGUCGUAGCGACUCUAAUUCCAGACCCCGUGACCUCCUGAUGGAAGCCUCGACACCUGAAGCUGUCUUCCGUUUCAAAGCUUUUGCCAUGAGUGGGAACCAGGAGCCAGAGGGUUACGAUGCAGCCAUGUUCUAUACACCCGAGGCAAACGCUCAAGAUGCCCAACUAAUUGUGUCCCAAGUUGGCGCUGACACCAACUGGAAGAUGUGUGUUGACACCAGCUUGGAAGCUGAUGCUGAGGCAAUGGCACACAUUGGAUGGGGAGCAGAGUGUCAGUUGUAUGACGUUUCAGUAAAAGCUGCUGUUGUACUCGAUGAUUCCAAGCCRGCACUCAGAGCCAAAGCACACUGGACCACGAUCCCAGAAUACAUGACGGAGAUGGGCAAAAGAAUUGAGUGUUACAUCCCCGGCAUGGCUUUCCUCUAUGGCUUCUACCUGGACCAUGASAGUAAUGAGAAGCAGGAGGUGUUCGCAUCAGUUGCCCCUGCCUCAGACGACACCAUCGAUGUGAAGGUUAAAUUCCCGGAGUAUACAGUGUUCUACAACAACAUGCUGUUUCCAAUGCCGUACGGGGGUUGGGAACAUCUGAGAAACAUCACAAACUCAACAAUGGAUUGGAUUUAGAUGCAGUUAACCAUAUGGACGCCAAACACCUGCUGCAUCAUCGCUGAGUUAACACCWCG